AUGGAAUGUCCGGACCCUACUAGACAAAAGCAAAGCGGACGGACUGCCCUUGUGGCGAGAGAACUUGCCCGCUACAAGGUGGACAUCGCGGCCCUCAGUGAGACCCGCCUCUCCGACAAGGGCCAACUGACUGAGACUGGCAGUGGCUACACCUUCUUCUGGUGUGGCCGCAGCAGCGAAGAGCGCAGAGAGGCAGGCGUGGGCUUCGCCAUCAAGACCGAGCAUGUGAAGAAGCUGGCAAGCAUCCCGGAGGGCAUCAACGACCGGCUGAUGAAGAUAAAGCUUCCACUUUGGAGGGGAAGAACCGCCACGCUCAUCAGCGCCUACGCACCGACCAUGACCAACCCUGAGGAGAUCAAGGACAGGUUCUAUGAAGAACUCGACACUCUCAUCUCCGCCGUUCCACAGACAGAGAAGCUGAUCGUGCUUGGCGAUUUCAACGCCCGUGUUGGCACUGACUCCACUACUUGGGACUGGGUCCUCGGCCGACAUGGAGUCGGCAAGUGCAACUGUAAUGGCCUUCUCCUGCUCGGUACGUGCGCUUCACAUGACCUGUCCAUCACUAACACAAUGUUCCGCCUGCCGACCCGCAACAAGACGUCCUGGAUGCACCCGCGCUCACGGCACUGGCAUCUCAUCGACUUCGUCACCGUCAGGGAGAGGGACAGACGCGACGUGCGAGUGACCAAGGCCAUGUGUGGCACCGACUGCUGGACCGACCACCGCCUCAUCAUCUCCAAGAUGAACCUCCACAUCCAGCCCUAG